AUGGAUUCAAUCCCUGCUUUUAAAAUUGCUUUAUUUAUCAUCUUCCUUUUUAUCAUUGCUGAUGCUUCAACCAUCUUACCACCUAAAAUCUUUAAUGUGGAUAAUUAUGGAGCAAGAGCUGAUGGAAGCACAGAUGACAAAUUUUUUACUCUGUCUAUUCAUUUAUUUUGGUUACUUUUGCCAAAGGCAUUUCUGAGAGCUUGGAAUGAUGCAUGCCAAUGGAGAGGAAGAAGCAAAGUUUUGAUUCCAUUGGGGAACUACAUGUUGAAUUCUGUCACAUUUGUAGGGCCAUGCAAUGGUGAAAUGAUAUUUGUGAUUAAAGGGACCCUAAGGGCUCCUACUAAUCCUGCAUUAUUUUUCACUAAUACUUGGAUUGGAUUUCGUUAUGUGGAUAAUUUGACUCUGGAGGGUGGUGGAUAUUUAGAUGGUCAAGGUGCUGCUGCUUGGCCUCAUAAUGAUUGUAGCAAAAAUAUUGGAUGUUUGCCCCUUCCUAUUAGCUUGAGGUUGGACUUUAUUACAAAUUCCAGGAUACAGAAGCUAAGGUCGAUUAAUAGCAAAAACGCCCAUGUCAACCUUUUUGCAUGCAACAACAUAAACAUCAGUCAUGUCAGGCUGUCUGCUCCAGGGAACAGUCCCAAUACAGAUGGAAUCCAUAUUGGUUUCUCAAACAACAUCAAGAUAUCAAGUGUCAACAUUGGAACCGGUGAUGAUUGCAUAUCCAUGGUUUCAGGCAGCCAAAACAUUGUCAUUUCUGACGUCUUCUGUGGUCCUGGCCAUGGAAUCAGCAUUGGAAGCCUCGGAAGAGCCUUUGCAAAAGAAUAUGUGAUGCACAUUAAUGUUGUCAAUACAACUUUCAGGAACACUCAAAAUGGUGUAAGGAUCAAAACUUGGUCACCUUCUUCACCUAGUUUGGCUUCAGAUAUUAAUUUUCAGGACAUUAUCAUGGAUAAUGUUAACAACCCUAUCAUCAUUGAUCAAGACUACUGCCCCUUUUGCUCCCCAACGGGUGGUGAAUCCAUCUCACAAGUUCAGAUCAGAGAUGUAACAUUCAGGAACAUUUCGGGCACAUCUAGUUCAAAAGUUGCUAUAUACUUGCAAUGCAGUAGAGUGGUGCCAUGUCAUAAAGUGAAGCUUGUGGAUAUAGACUUAGCUUACAGAGAAGCAGGAGGACCUGCAAUUGCAUCUUGUUCUAACGUUUAUGGUGCUUCGUAUGGCAAACAGGUGCCUUCUGGUUGCCUAUAGUCUCAAGUCACAUAUUUCUCAGACUAGGACACAUUCCUAACAUAGAAUAGAUUUGAUGGACAUGAGUGUCCAUCCAGUUAAAAAUUUGACAAUGUUCUGCUGUACUCCAGACAAUUCAAAAACCUAUUGGCGGCUCUGCAUGAAGAAAGAUACUUUAAUUUCUCCAAUUAUUUCAAAGGGAUUUACAUAUAUGUAGCUGAAAUUGUGCUGCAAAGCUAAGGAUAAUGUAUGAAAAUUAUUUUAGGUUGCCUAAUCUAGGCUUAGGUCAUAAUAAGAUAAUUUUUUCCACCGGAGAAUAGAGCUCUAGCAUUGGAAGAAACCUCUUCUGGUGAAGUAGAUUUUCUGACCUGCGCAUGGGACUCUGCAUCCUGCUGAAACAUACGGACUAUCUCUUGGAGCUCUAAUCUUCGAACCUCAACCUGCUCUUCAAAUUCUGGUUUUUGCAAUCCAAGAUAGAUCAAG